UCGUUAGUCCAGUCUUUGACUUUGAGCUCUCAGCUCUCCACUAAACAUUCUCUUAUACGCCCCAUGCUUCCUGUGUAAACUCCUGUGGAAUCAUAUAAUUACUUCCGCCAUUGUCCCAACAAAAACUACUUAAAAUUCAAAAUCUAUUUACUACUUUGGAAUAAUCAAUCCACGUGAAACAAGUCUCAACGUGAUCAAUAACGAUGAAAAAUGUGUCAUGUAGAGAAAAAAUCGUUUGUGUGGUUACCUAAGCCCUAACAUCCGAGCGUGAAUAUUGUGAACGAUGGUUGACUAUUACAAGGUACUAGAAGUGCAGCGAACCGCCACGAGCGGAGAUAUCAAAAAGGCAUAUAGAAAAUUGGCGUUGAGAUGGCAUCCGGAUAAAAAUCCUGAAAAUUUGGAGGAAGCAAACAAGAGAUUUAAAGAAAUAUCUGAGGCAUAUGAAGUGCUAAGCGAUGAUGCGAAGAGACGAACCUACGACCAACGAUUGUAUCAGAAGGCAUCUUCAAGGCCCGGCCGUGGAUUCACCUACCGGAGUUUCUUUGACUCUCCUUUCCAGCGAUAUUUCGAAAAGAAAAGGAGGGUUUAUGAUCAAUAUGGAAAAGAAGGACUUCAAAUGCCUGGUGGCAAGAGGCGACAUAAGGAAGAUUUUGAUCCACACUUUGCUGGUACCUUCAUGUUUAGGGAUCCUGAAGAAGUAUUUAGAGAAUUCUUUGGCGGAUCAUCUUUUGAAGAUUUAUUUUCUGACCUUGCUGGAGUUGGUGUGCGUCUUGGAUCUCAAAGGCAUAGUCAUCCCAGCAGUAACAGCAUAAGCACGUCCUUCUUUGGUCCAUUAGGAGUUUCUCAUUUCGGUUUUUCACCACUCAACGAAUUUUUUGAAGGUACAUCAGGAAACUUUACUUCGUUCAAUGCAUUCACAAGUUUCGGUGGAACUAGUGGUGGUGGAGCUGUAAAACGAACAAGUACUUCAACUCGCUUCAUCAAUGGCAAAAAGAUCACUACCAAAAAAGUUUAUGAAAAUGGAAAGGAAACAAUAAUGUCAUACGAGAAUGAUGUGCUGAAGUCAAAGACGGUGAACGGCGUGCCACAAUCAAUAACGUUUGACGAGUCAUCGACAAGUCGCCAGCUGACCGACAGUGCCAGCGAUAUCUCGAUGGCUGGCCAGAACUCGAGAACAGUCCAUGGUGACCAUCAGAAGGCUAGCAGAAUAAAGACGCACCAUCAUCCAGUUCUCACUAAGAAGCACGAUAAGAGUAAGAGAAAAUAGAGGCAACACUCUUACAACCUUCUCUCAUUCGUUUCCUUAUUUUUUUAAUUUUGGUCUCUUUGUUUUUUUUUUCGAAUCAAACGUAACAUAUAUACAUAUAUUACAUACGUACGUGUAUCAUUUACGAAACUGAUGUUGUAAAUUAUGUCUUUUUCCGCAACAUCGUUUUUGCUAUUGUUUCAAUAAUCGGAAUUAAAAAAAAAAAAAAAAAGAAAAACUUUUAGUGGCUUAGCUUCGACUAGCUACACAUGUUCGAUUUGAUCAAUAAAAAAUUCGCUGCAAAAUUCAUUGUAAGAUUUUGCAUCGAAAGUGGUGUGUUUAAUUAAUUCUUGUUUGCUAUUGAGAGAGAGAAAGAAAGAAAGAGAGAGAAAGAGAGAGAGAGAGAGUGUGUGUGUGUGAAAGAAAGAAAAGAGGCCCUGCUUUCUGUGAAAAAAAAACAGAUAAAAGUUAUUAUUACAGAACAUUCUGUUGCGUUUUAUAGAUAGCGCGUCGUUUCCGUUCAAAAUCUGGCGUUUUACUUUUAAUACGGUAAGUUUCGCUUAUUCUAGAUUUCUUAGAGGAUUAAUUCAUUAUAUCGUAAGUUAUAAUUGCUAGUUUUUUAUUUGUAAGUAAGUCGCGUUGUAAUUUCGAACACAUAUAUACACAUCGACUGAGUUUGAACGAAUUUAACGUAUUAUACAUACAUAUAUUUCAUUUUUAUGCGAAUAGGACACACACAUACACAUAUGAAUGAAUUCCAUCAUGCGUAUUCGUUUUAAACAUCAAGAUCGAUUUGCUAACAAGUGCUCUUAAAAGAUAAAAUUGUAUUACGACAGUUUUUGCUACAUUAGAUUUUUUCCUUUUUUUAUUUUUGAAAUGCAGUAAAGCAUUCACUAUGGAAGAAAUGUGCUCCAUUUUCUUUGUAAUUGGAUCUAUAAACAAAAUUGAGGCAUAAACAGGGCUAAGUUUUUGUGUUGCGGAAAUGUUCCUUCAUAAGCAAUUUAAAUGUCGUAAUCCUAUUUGCUUUUCUUAGUUAGUUUCUUGUGUAUGUGUAUAUAAUAAUAAGCAAAAAAAUGUUAAACGUGGAGAAAAAAAAACAUCAUUAAUGUAUGUUAAUAUAUUUCAUUACACUUUAUCGAUAUUCAACAUUAUAUUUUGUCUGAUGAU